CCAAACCCGGCUGUCCUCCUCUGUCUACUUUUUCCCGUUCCGUUCUCUCUCUCUCUCUCUUUUCCGUUACUUGCUCCUGUUCGUUUUCAACAUCUUUUUCUCAUAAUAAUAACACACUUCCUUUUCACAACGCAUCCAAAAUCUAAAUUUAAGAUUAGAAUGAAUAACUUCCACUUUCCUUCUCUUCCUCCACCCUGUCAUCACACAUCAUCAUCAUCAUCAUCAACCAUUUUUCAUUAAUACCAAUUUCUUUCCACUCUCUCUAACCUUUUUCUUUCCUUCCCAUUUCUAGGGUUUUUCAUUCUUCCCUUUUCCCCUUCAAUUUUUUCACUCUCUCUCUCUCUACCUUGUUCUAUUUAUACUCAUCCACACGCACCCACUCUCUCUCUAUAUUUAAUUUUCAUAAUUCCGUCUUGAUUUUUGUUUUUUUUGUUGUUGUGGUUGUUGUUGUUUUUGUGGGUGCGUGUGGAAGUGAAGAAUAGUGAUUGAUAUAUAAACAAAAAAAUGGCGUAUCAAUCGAUUCAGGGUCCGAGUUCGGGAUCGAGUUCGAGUUCAGGGUUUCAAUUGUUGAAUUCUCCGUUUGGAGAUACCACUUAUACUAAGGUAUUUGUUGGGGGAUUGGCGUGGGAGACGCAGAGCGAAACUAUGCGCCGUUACUUUGAUCAAUUUGGGGAUAUUCUUGAAGCCGUUGUUAUUACUGAUAAGAAUACAGGAAGAUCUAAAGGCUAUGGUUUUGUGACUUUCCGUGAUCCAGAAGCUGCUAGGAGAGCCUGUGCUGAUCCAAGUCCUGUUAUUGAUGGUAGAAGGGCUAACUGUAAUUUGGCUUCGCUUGGUCGUCCGCGACCUCCUAUCCCUUAUGGACGGAUAAGACCAGCAUCCCCUUAUGUUGGAAGUUUGCAACCAGCUCGUGGUGCUUACGUUGGAAGUUAUGGCUACCAGCAACCACUUUCCUAUGGCUAUCAACAAGGAAUGGUUUAUCCUCCUUAUGGGUAUACGGCAUAUGGACCUGAAUACGUCUACCCACAGAGUAUGUACAACCCUUACGUGGGUCAACAAUACCUUCAGAUAUAUGGCGUGCCGGGUGGGGCGAACACAGCCAUUUAUCCUUAUGGACAAUUGGGUCAAGCUAUUCCUGGCGGUCAUGGUUAUACAGCAAUGCAGGGUUAUACAGUACCAGCUCAUCAGAUUGUUCCCUAUGGUGGAUCCAAUGUUAAUGCAAUGACAACUUCACCUGUGCCUGCCAUUCAAGCCUCAUAUCCUAGCGGAAUCGGUGCACCCGUUCCAGGCCAACAAUUUAUUGUUUCUCCUCAGUUCAUACAAGGUAGCGGUCCUGACCAAACAGCUGGUUGAGGGGGCGAUUAAGAUAUCCUUAGUUUGCAGCAGGACUAAGAGCAGUGGAACUGCUACUUGAGUGGCGGGCUUCUAAUCUAGCCUUGCAAGUAUUUAUUUUGCAUUCUAGAGGUCAUAUAGUCAUGCUCACAAAGUUGUGUCUGAGUCAGCUCCAGAUGGCGAAGGAAAAUGGAACACGCAGGCUGCUUCUUCCAUUUGGACGUUUACGCUACCGUAUUUAUACCUAAUACUACUGGUACUCAAGAAGAGUGGCGGUAGUAUUGGAUCAAUGGUUGUUAGAAAAGGUUUCUGGCAGCCAUGUAGAAAUAAAACUUGUGUAAAAAGAAAAUCACGUCUGAAUCAAAUUAUGAUUCUCUUUAGUCCUCCUGUCCAUUAUUGGGUUUGUAGAUAGUUAUCAUCGAUGUUCAUGUCGAUGGAUGGUCCAUCACAUCGAAUAUGACUUUUGUGCAUAGUAGUUAUCAUAGGUUCGGUUCCACCACAAGACACGGUUGUAAUUUUAUGAUUUUAUGCAGAACCUGCCGUUAAUGCAGGGUAGACCCAUUAGAGAAGAUUGCAUUGUAGUGUUCAUAUUUUACCAUCAGCAUUCAGUCA